ACCUUCUGUUUCUAGUUUUUUUUUUUUUUUUUUUGCAACUAAUAAUAGAGUGUUUGUUUAGUUUUUAGUCAAACUGGAGAGUGUGGUUUUGGUGAUGAAGUGAAGUCCAAUUUAAGUAUUUAGUUAAUGCUUCUUUCGUUAAGAAGGUUUAGCAGAUUCUAUGCUGAUGUAUAAUAAGCUAAAACAUAAGCACCGAACCGGAGACAGCAGUAAAUUCUGGGUGGGAAGUUAAAAAUGGAGGGGUCAGCUUGUUUGGAUUAUUAGACAAGAACAAAAAACCACAUGGUAUGGUGUUUGGGUUCUUACAGCUGCAGAUACCUUUCCUCAUAAUGUUGUUUUUACAUGAUGGGUGUGACUUAUAGACUGCCCUUUCCUAUUUCAAACAAUCUCCUACACUCCUUUUUCUUCGGUUCUUCUCCCUUUGCUACAUUUUCCCUACAAUGGAGACCCUUUGGCUGGCUUCUUUCACCUUUUGAUUUGGGGCUCCUAUUUUUGGGUAAUUGGUUAUAUGAUUGGUCUUGUUCAUUACUUGAUUUCUGAGAUCUGAGUUUUGAACAAUAGUUGUUGGGAUUUUGUUUCUGUUUCUGGUUUAUUUUGGCUAUUUAUUGUCUGUUGAAGUAAAAGAGUAAGACCCACCGUGCAGAAAAUGGCUCCAGGACUCGAUUUCUCAAAUUGGUGGGCAAAGGAUACGAGGAAAGGGACACCAGUGGUAGUAAAAAUAGAGAACCCAAACUACUCAGUGGUAGAAAUUGACGGCCCAGAUGCUGCAUUCAGGCCUGUGGAAAAGAGCAGAGGAAAAAAUGCAAAGCAACUGACUUGGGUUUUACUUCUCAAGGCUCAUCGUGCUGUCGGUUGUGUUGCUUCGAUUGCUACACUACUCUGGGCAUUGCUUGGAACCAUAAAGAGAAGGUUGAUCUUUAGGCAAGAUGUUGCUAUGGCUAGUGAAAAGUUGGGGAAAGGAAAACUGCUCUUCGCAGUCAUUAAAGUCUUCCUGGUGACUUCCUUAACAAUUCUUGCUUUUGAGGUUGUUGCAUAUUUAAAGGGUUGGCAUUAUUUUCAAAAUCCCAGUUUGCAUAUUCCGAGGACUAGUGAUAUCCAGGGAUUGCUCCACUUGGUUUAUGUUACUUGGUUGUCGUUUCGGGCCGAUUACGUUGCACCACCAAUUCAAGCGUUGUCUAAGUUUUGUGUAGCUCUAUUCCUUAUCCAAUCUGCAGAUCGUAUGAUACUUAGCUUAGCCUGCUUUUGGAUUAAAUACAAGAAGAUUAAGCCGACAAUUGAGGGGGAUCCAUUCAAGUCAGAUGAUGUCGAGGGAUCAGGUUACGAGUACCCCAUGGUUCUCGUUCAAAUCCCAAUGUGUAACGAGAGGGAGGUAUACGGGCAGUCUAUCUUUGCUGUCUGCCAACUUGAUUGGCCAAAGGAUCGAUUAUUGAUUCAGGUUCUUGAUGAUUCUGAUGAUGAAAGCAUCCAGUGUUUAAUUAAAGCGGAGGUUGCUACAUGGAACCAAAGGGGUAUCAAUAUAAUUUAUCAUCAUCGCUUAGUAAGAACUGGUUACAAGGCUGGGAAUCUGAAGUCUGCAAUGAGCUGCGAGUAUGUACAGGCCUAUGAGUUUGUAGCAAUAUUUGAUGCUGAUUUCCAACCUAAUCCAGAUUUUCUAAAGCAAACAGUGCCACAUUUCAAGGACAAUCCUGAGUUAGGGUUAGUUCAGGCUAGAUGGACUUUUGUGAACAAGGAUGAGAAUUUGUUGACUCGUCUCCAGAACAUUAAUUUAUGUUUCCACUUUGAAGUUGAACAGCAAGUUAAUGGUGUAUUUUUGAAUUUCUUUGGUUUUAAUGGAACUGCUGGUGUUUGGAGAAUUAAAGCUCUUGAGGAAUCUGGAGGCUGGCUUGAAAGAACAACUGUAGAGGACAUGGACAUAGCUGUUCGUGCACAUCUCAAUGGUUGGAAAUUCAUCUUCCUUAAUGAUGUAAAGGUCCUUUGUGAAGUCCCAGAGUCUUAUGAAGCAUACAGGAAGCAACAACAUCGAUGGCAUUCAGGCCCUAUGCACCUCUUCCGCUUAUGCAUUCCAGCAAUCAUAACUUCCAAGAUAGCAACAUGGAAGAAAGCAAAUUUAAUACUGCUAUUCUUUUUAUUGAGGAAACUUAUCCUUCCCUUCUAUUCCUUCACAUUGUUUUGCGUAAUUCUUCCUCUAACCAUGUUCAUACCAGAGGCUGAGCUUCCUGUUUGGGUGAUUUGUUAUGUACCUGUUUUUAUGUCAUUCCUCAACAUUCUUCCAGCCCCCAAAUCAUUCCCUUUCAUUGUUCCUUACCUUCUAUUUGAGAACACCAUGUCUGUGACCAAAUUCAAUGCAAUGGUAUCUGGAUUAUUCAAGCUGGGUAGCUCCUACGAGUGGGUUGUCACCAAGAAGGCUGGGAGGUUAUCAGAAUCUGACUUACUGGCUGCUGCUGAGAGGGAAUCAAAGACAACAAACCAGCUGCAAAUCCAGAGAGGAGCUUCAGAAAGUGAGCAUACUGAAUUAAACCGAUUAAAGGAACAAAGAGAGGCGGCUCCUACAACUGUUAAGAGGGUCAAUAAGAUAUACAGGAAAGAACUCGCUCUGGCAUUCCUCCUACUCACAGCUUCGUUUAUUUUUUUUCCUCGGCAAAUGGUAAAGGGUACCAUCCAGUUCAAUAACCAAAGUUUCAAUUUCUAUAUCAGCUUUGAGAUGCCCAGUAACAGGUUUUAUUCAUCAAUAACUCUACUUUCUGUCGUCAGUUUUUAUUUACAAUUUAUAUCUUUAUUUUUUCACAUUGGAGAGUGGUCAUUCUAUUCCUCCUUAGGCGUCGAACCAUUGUUUGUUGUUAUAGGUAGGAUUUGUAUUUCACUUUUCAUACUUCACCCUGAUUCUUGCUUGGGUGUGGUUUGGCACUAAAGAUUCAAGUCAUAUUGUAUUUGUAAAGUUCGAAAGCUUGAGUACGGCAAAAGAAUGGGCUUGCUUGAUGCCUUUCUGGCUCUCAGAUCCCAAAUUUACGAUAUGUAAAACAUCCAUCUUUUGCAUUGUGUUCUGUCUAAUAUAACAAAUAAUUGCCCUCUUCUUCUAAAUGUUUGUUGCCUCUAGGUUAAAAUUUGUUCAUAUUUGGCGUGUGCACACGAUGCACUUGUGUGAAUGUGAUUCAAUGAUGUUAAGUGUCGGCAAGUAAAGGAGAUGAACUAA